AUGAAUUUCGUCGACGUGCAACCAAGGUCGUUUCUCGAUUAUGCGUGGACUACACCUUCUCCUGCUCCAGGGAGCAUCGCGAAAUCAUCAAAGACGAGUCGCAAGCAGAAUCGGUGUUGCGACCAGUGUCGGAAAGGUAAACGGGCGUGCGACGCGGCCAUCCUAGAAGACACUCUGCUAGACACGAAUGGAUCCUCUGGAGGCAACCCAACAGUCUUUCAUUAUAGUGACGUUUUCGGUCCUUUGGCUGCCUGCAGCAACUGCGAGAAGACAAAAAAGACGUGCACGUUUGAGUGGCUACGAUCGCAGCGAGUGUCGCAAGCAACGCCGCAAUCAAGCGCUCCUCCAGCGAAGAGGCGACGAAAGAGUGGCUCUUCGAACAAUUCUCAGAGUCGUACGGAAACAGCAGGUCAACUGCUAGCUGAAGUGGCCCCGCAUCCAUCCGCUCUGUCGGGGACAACUUUCGCAAAUGGUGGGGACCUCCUUCCAGCCAGUACAAUCGUGCCUUGUGAAUUCGCACAGACUACGUUCGCAGACUUUCCUGGUGGCAUCCCGUCGUUUGAUAUGGCUUUGAUAUCGCCAUUCCCUUUUGGAUCUACCCACGACACAUGCAACGACGACGACGAAACGUCACUUGAUCGCGAUUCCGGGCAAGGCUCCUCAAUCGAGUCACUGUCGGAAGGGACCCGCGAAAGCCCAGAUAGUACAAGUCCCUCGACGGACGAUUCCAGUGUCACGGCAAAUCGUAACAAUGUCUCAAAAUCGUGCGAAGCGGUGAUAAGGGUACCACGGAAGAGAAGACGGCGAAGUUCGUCGAGCACGAGCACGGCUAGCGGCAUGUUGUUCCCAUCGAUGUCGCUUGCUAACCAAUUUAUUUCGUCAGCCAACAACGCCUUUUUGACAGAAGGACUCCUCAAGAUCUAUCAUGAUAGUUUUGAGAAUGCUUUAUCGUGCUGGUUAACCGAAAGGACAUGCCCAUACAGUAAAGAUUCGGAUGUAUCCUUAGCCGGUGACUCGGGACCAGAUUGGAAUCGCAUCUAUCAUCGGGUAUUCAAAUUGGAUCGACUGGCAUCUGGAAUUCGUGGGCGAAAUCUGACGUUUACCGAAGAUAAGGCUGCAUCCAAAGCCAUAAACUCGGUCAUAUUCUCCUUCGCUACUCAAUGGGCCCAAUCAAGCCAACGAAGUAAGGCCAAAUAUCCUUUCCACAGUGAUGGCUCGGAUAAGAUGGGAGGAGUAUUCAACUCGGAUGAAAAUUCUUCGACCAACCAGGACUUUGACCGAGCACUUCAAAUAUCAGCGUGGCAUGAAGCAAGGCUUGCACUGCAGAAUGCGGCAGAGAUAGAGUCCUUUAGGGUUGUGCUUGCGCAGAUCGUAUUCUCCUUGACACAAAAGCCUAUCGACAUGACCCAAGACGGUGAUUCGACAUUGAAGCCAGCUGCCAACGAUUCGAAUGCUCCAUCGUCCCCAGAUACCUGUGAAGACUUGCUCUCCAAACUGAACCUGACAAUCGAUGGAGAAGGUCCUCCAAUUCACCUUGAGCAAGGCCUUCGAUUGAUACACUCCUUAAGAUCGAGAAUGGCAAUGUCCGGAAGUAUGAACAGAACCGCGUAUCCGAAGAUAGCAACUUCUCGGUGUGGGAACCAAAGCAGUUCAUCGCCGAAUCGGCUAGACGCCGCGGAUCGGGCUACGGUGGACCUCUUGUUCUGGUUGGGCAUUAUGUUCGAUACCCUGUCGUCUGCCAUGCACAAGCGACCCCUUGUGGUGUCGGAUGAAGAUAGCGAUAUCUAUUCGAACGAACCAAGGCCCGUUCAAAACGAUACCACAAAUGGGAAUCUUUCGUCACAUACAGGCAGCGUUUCGGAACCGAAAACAGAAAGUCUAUGGGAUGAUUACCUGUUCGCUCGGCAGCGCAAACGCCUCCAAGCGAACCCGGUCCGGUGGCCAUGUUCCUAUGAGCAAGCGUCGUCGUUACUGUGCGAUGCGGCACCAGUCAAAGUUCUCCUUUUCCGAAAGGUGACACGCAUCCAGACGCUGCUUUCCCGCAAUGUCCGAGGUGAAAGGAUUGAGAGAGCCAUUGCCGCAGCCUUGCAAGUAUAUGAACACUGGGGCAAGAUGUAUGCUCCGUUCAUCCGAGACUGUAUUGAUAAACAUGAUAGUCUCCCGACAAGAGUGCAGUCAUGGUACAUCUGUUUGACGGGUCAUUGGCAUCUUGCAACGCUUUUGUUAGCUGAUCUCGUGGAAAUUAUCGAUAGCUCGGAGAUGAGUCUUGAGUCGAGGCGUACGGAGCGAAUUUCGACGAACUUUGUAGCAGGGUUCCGGGAAACAAACUGCCAUGCUCUUUCAGACCUGGCAGGGUGUGCAUGCCCUCGGGAGGAUGCAUCGUUCCCCAAUUCUCGCGAGUUCCAUUUUGCUGUAAACCAAGGGGCACUUCUAACUGAGCCUUGGACGGCUGUCCUGAUUCGGGCGUUUGCAAAAGCUGGUGUGGUCUUGCUAGAGGCAGAAGAAUCAUCGGCGUCAGACAUAUGCAGCGCAAGGUAUCAAGAAGACGCAUUCCGGAGAGCGGACGACUGUGUUAAAGCGUUGUGGUACCUAGGGAGGAAGUCUGACAUGGCACUUUCAGCAGCUAAGAUUUUAGGAGAUGCUUUGAGACAGAGGCGAAAGGGUGCCGAAGAGAAAGUGAAUGAAAUGAGCUCGUUUCUGGAAGCGGAGUUAUGGGAGGGGUUCGAGGAAAUGAAUGGGGCGUUUGAGGUUGAAUGCAUCUAAUGGGUAAGGAAAAUGUACUUGGUUAAUGUUUCAACAUGUUGAUUCUGA